GGAAACCCAAACUUUUAGUCAUCAUGCGCAACAGCAAAUGGAAAACGCAGUGUCUGAGCUGAGAGCUCCUCAUGCCCUUAGGGAUAGCGAUGUGGUAGUCGGACUUCAUUUCUGAAGAGACUGCAGCAAGCCAACUAGGACUCACGGCAGCUGGAAGCAACGAUGAAGGGCCCAGCAGGCUUCUUCCUUUGCUCACUGUUGCUGGUGUCCACCCAUUGCACAGAGGCUGCUGACCCGGAGCCGGACCCCAAAACACCAUGUGCCAACUGGAUGGGAGGAGCUCCUGGCUACCCUGGCCACAAUGGGGUCCCUGGACGGGACGGGAAAGAUGGAAGAGACGGACUAAAGGGAGAGAAAGGAGAGGAAGGUAUGCAAGGUCCCAAAGGUGAUCAAGGUGAAAUAGGAAUCCCAGGGCGUGAAGGGCCAAGAGGAUUUCCUGGGCAGCCAGGGCAGAAGGGAGAGAAGGGGGAAGGUUCCUUUGUCCACCGCUCUGCUUUCAGCGUGGGGCUGACGGAGCGAGCCCCCCACCCCAACGUCCCCAUCCGCUUUAGCAAGAUCUUCUACAAUGAGCAGAACCACUAUGACGCCAGCACUGGCAAGUUCGUCUGCAGCAUCCCUGGCACCUAUUACUUUGCCUACCACCUGACAGUCUACCUGUCCGAUGUCAAGGUCAGCCUCUACAGGAAGGACAAGGCAGUGAUCUUCACCUAUGACCAGUUCCAAAAGAACAAUGUGGAUCAAGCUAGCGGCUCUGUCUUGCUGCACCUCAACUCUGGGGAUGAGGUCUGGCUUCAGGUGUAUGGGGAUGGAGACAACAACGGUGUCUAUGCUGACAACAUCAAUGAUUCCACUUUCAUGGGCUUCCUCCUGUACCCAGACCUGGAUGUCCAUUAAAGCAGAGGGCACUACAUGGGAAAGGAUGAUGUGGCUUAACCCUGGAUGUCGUCCUGGGGCACUGGCGCUAUAGCUACGCUGUAUUUACCGGAAAAUUGCUUUCUGCGGGGGCAACAAUGGCCAAGGGUGGACUUGAUCUCCUGUGAAACCAGUGAACUCACACAUGAGUGACUUCCACAGGACUAGGAGUUCACUGCUACAUCUGCUCUUGCUUUCCUUGUGGAAACCAGAGCUCAAACACCACUCCUACCACAUCAUGAAAGAGCAACACACAAGAUGGCCUAAUGUUUGUAAAAUCUGAAAGUGAUAAGAGAAAAAAUUGUUACAUUUAAAUACAUUUUAAAAUAUUUUAAUGUUUUAGCCAGCAUUUUAGAAUCUGAGAAAAGGGAGAAGACUACUCACAAAAGCCAUCUCUUCCCUUGUUUUCAGCUGGCACAAAUUUUUACCAUUUUUAUCAUUCAUUUUAGCAUUUUAUCCAUUUUCUCACCAGUGUAACUCCCUGUUAUAUUAGGGCCUUUGACUUCCACCCAUGGGUUGUUGUCUCCCUUCUUUAGCCCAGAUAUUUGAAUAUAU